UUCAAUCCCUGAACCGUCUCUAGUUAGUGAAGGAUCUAAAUUGUACUGCGAUGAAUGAGUCCAAACCUAAGUCCUAGGCAGCAUUCAUCAGCCCAGUUUAUAUUCUCGUAGUGCUGACCCCUGGUCCUCACAUGCCCUGGGCAGUGGCCCUCCCUCAAGCCCCUUUCUCCUCGCCUCCUCCAGUGCAGGGUCUCCACACUCUGCCAGGUCCGGCUGAGCGGGCCAGGCUCCUCCCCUGAGCCCCAGGUGGCCCCGUCGUCGGAAUACCCAACCCUCCCCCAGCUGCACCAGGGGGUGCUCCCCUUACCGGAUUUUGCCUCUGGCGGGGGGAGAAUGCAGCCUCAAGGGGUUGCCUUCGUGGCCCUGCCGCUCCUGGGACCCACCCUGGUCUGGCUGCUCACCCAUCGGUGGAUGUCUGGUUGGUGUGACAACCUGAGGAAGCCGCCCUGGUACCCAUCCCAUAGAGCCCUGCUGCUGGUGUGGACGGCUUUCUACUCUCUCACAGGCUAUGCCUCCUACCUGGUGUGGAAGGAGCUGGGAGGGGGCCUGGGGUGGCCCCUGGCCCUGCCCCUUGGCCUCUAUGCUGUGCAGCUUGCCGUCAGCUGGACCGUCCUGAUCCUCUUUUUCGCGGCCCACAGCGCAGGUCUGGCCCUGCUGCACCUGCUGCUGCUCUUCGGACUGGUGGUGAGCAUGGCACUGAUCUGGCACCCCAUCAACAAGCUGGCUGCCCUGCUCCUGCUGCCCUACCUGGCCUGGCUCACCGUGACCACUUCCAUCACCUACCGCCUGUGGAGGGACAGCCUUUGUCCAGGGCACCAGCCUCGGCUCAUGGGGGAGAAGAACGACUGAGGCAUUGGGG